GCAAACCUUAAUACUGCUUCGUGUAUGACACAGAAGCUGGAUUGCUGGAACCUUAAUCUGCUCUUCGUGAUCAGACAAAGAGACAUCCUUAUUCUCACGCGCCUAACGAGGCGUGAGUGCACGUACUAAGCCUCAGAUUGACACGUCACUCCUGCUUCUUGGACUCGACAAAUCACUAGUCUGUCACUGCGCUUUUCCCGUUGAACGGUGAAUUUCACUGUCCACCGCAGCGGCGACAUAGUGAGAGAAGGAAUUCGAUUUUCCAUUCUAUCCAUACCCUCCCCUCUAACCAAAACCCUCAAAAACCCUUCUCUUUCGUCCAUUUUCUCCCUCUAAAACCCUAAUUUUAUCUUUCUCUCUCCAGUUUCUCGCUCCUCAAUAAGGAAGAGUUUUGUUGACACAUUUAUCUGCCUUCUAUGGCAUGGUUUUUGAAGACAGAUUUCUUCCCAAAGAUUACUCCUUCAAGUCCUCUGAGGAGCCUUGUGGCUUUUAAGGUAACCUGUCAUAGCCCCACAUGCAUUCUAUGUGCCCUGAAAUGGAAAGAGGCUUAAGAAUAUCUAUGUGUUAUAAAGCCAUGGAAUAAGUCAUGCAAAGUCUUCUUUCAGUGCCUAUUCUGCAGUCUUUCCAUAUGGUAUCAUAAUAAAUUUUGCGGUGUAUUUGUUGUUUAGAGAAGGUUUAGAUGUUAAAUUUGAUGAAUUUCUUUUUUGACAGCCCACCAGUCUGUUUUUUGUUCCCCUAGUAAUUUGGGUUAUCUUUCUUUUUUCGCCUUUUUCUUUUCAUUUCUUUACAUAGUUAUCAUGUGGAAAGGUUGUAUGUAUGCCAUGCCUUUCCUCAAUAAAUUAAAAACCUAUGUAAAGUUGAAGGUUGCAUUAAAAAGUAGAAUAAUCUAAUGAACUGCGCAAAAGGCAUUCAGAUCAUGGAACCUUAACUAUGUCUUAUGGUGGUCAUUUCCAAGGUUUGGAUCCAGGGUGUAAUGGUAAAUGAUUGAACACUUUUCCAUUAUACCAAAUCCAACCUUCUGGAAACAAAAUAUGGGAUCAUAAUUUCCUUUUGGAAACAAAAUAUGGGAUCAUAAUUUCCUUAAGUUUUCUCUUCAAAAUGGGAAACUUUUACCAUAGUUCUUCAAAAUGUAGAAAUGAAAAGAUGCUCAAAUCUCAAACGAUUAAGUCCAUAAUGAGCUGAAUCUGGGAUACCAGAAUAUUAUGCAAUUUAAUAGGCUUUAUUCUGGUUUAGAAAGUAAUAUAUAUCAUUAUUGCCAGCAUAUCAGAAUUUUAUUCUCUCAUUAAUUCUUAGCAAAGGAAAAAAGAUAUAUAUGGUAUGUAGUUCAAUUACUCUUCUUGCCAAAUACUGUUAGGACUGCUAGUUUAUGUUCUACAUGAAUCAUCCCAAGUUAAUGGUUUAAGUUAAAUAUUGAGGAUCAUGGCUAACCUAUUCCAACUUCUAGACUUGUAAAUUUAGUUGAUAUAACAAUGUGCUUCUGUAAAUUGAGAAAUUGUUUGAAUUAGCAUUCCUUUUUCUUAUAUGUAGUAAAGUUAGGCAAUUGAUAUUUUCUACAUAAUUGAGCUUAUUUCGAUAUUAACCUUAGGGUUGUUUUAGCGGAUCACUUUUCAAGGAAUCUGGCCCAGUAUGAUCUGAACUUGGAUGUAUGGAUGAGUGUCAAUUUGCUCAUCGAAUAAAAAGCCGAAAUGCCACUACUCAAUAGGCCUACUCAUAUCAGAUAAGGAGUUCACAGAGUGGUGUUCUGUGAUACCCUAGGCUGGCCGAUCAUUUUAGAUCUGCUUCUUUUCAUCCAGAUCGAGGCAUGAACAGACAGACAUCCAUGGUUUCUUCUCCUCGGCCAAUCCACCAUUGACUUCUCACAAUUCAGGCAUGAACACACUUUUCUUGAUCUCACGAGUCACGAUAAUGAAUCCUCUAUAUUGACUGGUUUGCUCCACUGUCUUAAGAGAUCUUAAUUUUAAAGAACCUUUUGAAAUCUUCGUGAAUUAAUCCACCUGCAUCAGUUUCCGGUGCUCAAAAACAUGCCCCGGAGAAAACACGGGAAUUGAAAUGAUUCAGUAAGAAGUCGAGCAUCACCUAAAAAUUUCUGAGUUUUGGUUUUCCAAGUGUGAAAUGUCUGAACAACCUCAAAAGUUGAGCAAGAAAAUAGUGAAGAAUCAGGAGCCAAAGAAAAUGACCACUAGCCCUCGGGAUCAUCCUCCAAGAAAGCAGCAAAGAAAGGCGGAAAACCCUGUCCGAAUACCACCGCCUACCGAGGAGUGUGUCAAUUUUAAACGCCCAAAGUCAUGGAUCUGCAAAAACUCUGCAUGCCAAGCAAGUAUUUCAAUGGACGACAAAUUCUGUAAGAGGUGCUCUUGCUGCAUUUGCCACUCGUUUGACGAUAAUAAGGAUCCGAGUCUUUGGUUGGAAUGCAUAUCAGAGUUCGGUGAGGGGGAAUCCUGUGGCUUAACAUGCCAUAUCGAGUGUGCCUUCAAACAAGGGAAGGUGGGGGUUGUUGAUCUUGGACAAUUAAUGCAGCUAGACGGGAGCUACUGUUGUGUUUCUUGUGGUAAAGUCUCGGAAAUACUAGGUUAUUGGAAGAAGCAACUUUGUAUAGCAAAAGACGCCCGUCGGGUUGAUAUCCUUUGUUUUAGAAUAUACAUGAGUUACAGGCUCCUGGACGGGACUGCCAGAUUUAAAGAACUACACAAUAUUAUUAAAGAAGCCAAGGCUAAAUUAGAAACAGAGGUGGGCCCUGUGAAUGGCUCUUCCACCGUGAUGGCUCGUGGCAUUGUUAGUAGACUUUCUGUUGCAGGUGACGUGCAGUCUCUCUGCUCUCUCGCCAUUAAAAAAGCCGAUGAAUGGCUAGCCAAAAAGUAUAGUUCUGCCCCUAAUUAUAAAGAGGGUUCACUGCCAGCAGCCUGCAAAAUCCAUUUUGAGGAAGCAACGUCUUCUUCGGUUGUAAUUGUAUUGGUAGAUAUAUUGAGUGCAUCGUCGGUAGAUGUCAAAGGGUAUAAGCUUUGGUACCGUAGGGCUGAAGUCGACACUUACCCUAAAGAGCCUAAUUGUGUCCUUCCAAAAAGUCAAAGAAGGGUUUUGAUAUCUGAUUUGCAGUCUUGCAUGGAGUACUGCUUUAGGGUUGUGUCCUAUACGGAGUCCGGUGACUUGGGACACUCCGAGGCUAAGUGUUUCACGAAGAGCGAUUUGAGCUCUGUUACGGGAAAUCACUCGAAGGAGAAUCUAGAUUCGGGAGGAAGCUCGGGCACAAAAACGGAUGACGGAGCUACGAUAGUUGAGUCUAGUUCGGGUUUCAAGGUUCGUGACCUUGGAAAAAUCACGAGGACUAAUUGGGAACAACAAGAAGGCAGUGUAGAUACGGAAAAGUGCCUUGAAUUUUCCAAGCUCAACGCCGUGCAAGAAGAUCAUAACCCGGGGUCUGCUUCUUGCCAGCUCGACUUAAAUGUUGCUUUGAUUCCCGAUUUGAAUGAAGAGCUAACCCCCGAGUCGUCUAGAGACGAACACAACGGGUGCGUGCAGAUUGUUGAUGUGGAAGACGCUGUCUCGAACGACAACGAGGGGAGGAAUUGCAUCGCUGGGUCCCACGGGAGCGGCGACUCCGAAAACUGGAACCAUCUCCAGACCCGGGACGUGACGGCCGUCGACUCUGAGUUGGCGGGGAGUAGGAAGCGGGCAGCUAGCACCAACGGUGAGACGCAGGACUCCGACAGCGCCCUGCUAAGUGGCUCGCCAAACCGAGCACGCAACGGUUCGGGGCUCCUGGACGAGAACUUUGAGCACUGCGUGAAAACCAUCCGGUGGCUGGAAUGCGAGGGCCACAUUAAGAACGACUUCCGGUUAAAGUUCCUUUCCUGGUUUAGCCUGAGAUCCACAGAGCGGGAACGCAGGGUCGUGAAUACCUACAUCCAGACUCUAAUCGACGACCCGAGCAGCUUAGCUGGACAGUUGGUCCAUUCUUUUUCAGAAAUCGUAUCCACCAAAAGGCCUCAAACUGGCUUCUGUGGCAGGCUGUGGCAUUAAAUCGGCAAAGCCAUCCAUUCAUGCAGGUUGAAAUUUCUUCUUCUUCUUCUUCUUCUUCAAAUUCUGUUGAUAUAGUCCACAUUGCAGAUUGUAUUGGUAGUUACAACAAAUUUUGUCAAGUCACAAGUGAUUCAUUCAUACACAAGAGGGUUCUUUUUAGGGUUCUUCAAGAACCCAGUUCAGCUAAACAAUUCAGGGUUCUUCAUUUUAGGUAUAUCUGUGAGUUUUCUCCAUGGGGGAGGAGAUCCAAGAAGGGUUAGAGUCGAUAUUUUCUUGUUUCAGAAGAUUGAUGAUUGGUUAUGGAGCAGGCAAAACUAUAUAUUUAUUUAAUGAUUUGGAGAUUUUGUUGUUUAGUCAUUUGAUUUUCAGUUCUGAAUUCUGUGGGUGAAGACUGAAGUGAGAUAUAUACUGAUUCAUUUCUAUUUCUCUGCAAAUUCUUUUCAUUCUUGGCC